UUCAAUGUAAAUGUAAUGCCACUUAUUCUGACGUGUAACAGUAUGAUAAGAUGUUAUUUGACAAAUUGUGAAAGAGCAAAACAUGAUAUUGAUCGUAUAAGGAUGUGUAUGGCAGCUGGCAAAAUAACUAACUUCUAUUGAUCUAAAACAAUUCCAACAGCAGCGUUCAAAAGCUAAAGGAUCUCGAAAAAAACCGACUUCGAUGCAAACGAACUCAUCUGAAGGCAGCACUCCAACUGAAACAUCUGCUGAAAAAAUUCCUCAAGAAGUGCCUACUUUUGAUGAUACAAAAUACAAUCUGGAACAGUCCAUUAACAGGGGCUCCAGUACUUUAAGUUUAAAUGCCAAUGUGGACAACAGUGAAGAAACUGAUACAACAAAAGGCAGCUCAUUAACAAUCCAGAAAUCCAAAUCAGAUUUACAGCUAAAUAACCCAAAAGAAUAUUCAUCCACAGAAAGCCUUAGACAGAUCUCCUUACAAGUUAACGGAUUAAUGAGUGAAACUAAUGCAUUUAUGAAUGGAACUGUAGACCAAGAAGAUUCAAUUAGUUCUGAAGAAAAUAGUUUAGAGAAACGGAAUCAAGAGUUAGCUUUAUUAGUGAAUAAUUUAAGGCAGGCUAAUGAUCAGCUGCAUUUUCAAUUGCAGGAACUGAAAGCAAAGAAUAAAAGGCUCAAUCAGAACUUUGACCAAGAAAGAAAGGAGCUUCAAGAAAAAUCUCAUAAAGAACAAGUGGCCCUUAAAGAUCAACUUCAAGUGCAUAUUCAAACUAUUGGUAUUCUUGUUGCAGAGAAAACAGAAUUACAGUCUUCACUUUCUUUAAGCCAACAGACAGCUAAACAAAAAGCUGGUGAAAUAGAAGAAUUACAAGGAAGAUUAAGAGCAUCCAGACAGCGAGCAUCCGAUCUUGAAAGGGAGAUUAUUGCAUUGAGCAAUUCCAAUCAACAAUUAGAAAAAGCAAGUAAGGAGUCUGCAAAAGAUAUAGAAAGACUGAAAUCAGAAAAUUAUAGAAUAAGCAAAUUAAAUGAAGAACUGAAGUCAGCUAAUGCUGAAUUGACUGAAAAAUUGAAUAAAAAAAUUAAAGAUUUACAAGCUCUUGAGCUAGAGUUUGCUGAAUGCCAGAAAAAAUUGUCUCUCACCCAAACUCAGGCUCAACAGUUUGAUGCAAAUGGUGAAAAUGAAAAUAGGUCACAGUUAGAAGAACUUUAUCAGCAGAAAUUAGAAUUAGAGAAAAGAUUGUCUUUGAACAAAAAUUCCGUAAGUAAACUGAUAAUGGAAAGAGAUCAGAUGGCAGAUCAAUAUCAGCAGUAUAUUACACAACUGAGCCAACAAGUAACAUCAUUGCGUGAUGAGAUAAAGCAACAUUCCAGUGAGAAAGAGCAGCUGUCCAAAGAGCGAAACCUUCUUCAGGAAAAGUUAGAGGCAAUUCAGCAGCAAAAUAGUAACAUUGUCAAAGAUGACCCAUCAGAAUUAAAAGUGCAAAUAAACAUUCUAAAAAAUCAAAAUGAAGAACUCAAUCAGAAAUUACAAAAUGAGAUUUCCAAUACUGAUAGUAUGAAAAAACAACUUGAAGCACAAAAUGAUAAAAUAGCCGAGCUUGAAAAAAUUAUAGCUCGUCUAAAAGAGGAUCAAGUAGACAAAAGUCGAUUGAUGGAAACUAUGGAAAGUGAUAAAGUUGCUGCUAGCCGUGCUGUCACUCAGAAUAGAGAAUUGAAGAAGCAGCUUGAGGAAUUGCAAACUGGUUUUGUUACUAUGAGCAAUGAUAAAUUAAAACUAGUUGAAGAACUUGAUUCUCAAAAGCACAUUACUAAAGAACUUGGAGAAAGGUUAAGCCAACAGGAGAAAGAACUUCAUGAGCUACAAGAACAGCUUUCACAGAGGGAAGAGGAAUUACAAAAAUUACAUACAUCUAGUACAAAAGGAAUUUAUCAACAGAACCAAAUAGCUGAUAGAAUGAGACAUUAUGAAGCACAAGGUCAACUUACUGAAAUGUUGCAGAAGGAACUGCAUCAAGCUCAGGAACAAAUAAAUGUCCUAACCAAUCAAAACUCUGAAUUACGAAUGGCUUUAGCAACACAGAGUGUGAGUGAUGAAAGCCAGAAAGAGGAUAAAGAUGCUUCUAAAAGAAAUGAUUUAGUUGCACAGUUAUCUGCAUCUGUCCGACAGUUAGAAAUGGAAAGAGACCAAAUGAUAAAACAGUUGGAAGAACAGAAGUCAAAUAGAAUGCAGUUAGUUGAACAACUAAAAGAGAGAGCAACUCUGUUAAAUGAUGAUGACAAUGGAAGCAGUGAUGUUGUAUCAAGGAAAGAAUAUGCUAUGAUUAAGAAUGCCAUGACGCAGUUGGAAGAAAGAUUCAAGCAAACUAUGAAUCGAAUUGCAGAACUCUCUGAUGAAAGACAACAACUAGAGCAUUUAGUGUUGCAGUUGCAAGGCGAAACUGACACUAUAGGUGAUUAUAUUGCUCUGUAUCAGAUUCAGAGAGGUUUAAUGCGAAAAAGAGCUUCAGAAAAAGAUGAAUAUAUUGCUCAGCUCGCCAGAGACAGAGAAGAUAUGAAAGCAAAAUUAGGAGAACUUCAGAAUCUUGUGAUGAGGUUACUCGAAGAAAGAAAGCUUUUCCAGUCUCAGACGCAAAUUUUAGAUGACAAAAUAAAUUUUGCUGAAAUCUCUGAUUUAGCAAGCAAUAAAAAAGCAAUAUCUAAAGAGCUAAUUGACAGAAGCAGUGAACGAGAAAUAAAGGUGGAAGAAGAUGAAAGUUCUUCAGAAACUGAAUCAUCUAAAAAGCCAGAAACUACUGCUAAGAAAAUUAUAGAUCUGUUAACUGAAAUAGAAUCGACGAACCUUGUAGAGAAACCAGUCCUGGAAAAUUUUCAUCCAUGUCCUGUGUGUUCCGGCAGAUUAAUCACUGUGUAAAAAUAAUAUAUAUUUCAAAUUAGUCUUACUAAAAUGCAAAAGGUGUGCCUAAAUGAAAAUAUUGCCACAUAAAGAACUUCAGAGCCCUAUUGCACUGUGUCAAGAAAUGCAUCUUUGAAGGUAGAGGAAAAACACAAUGCAAAACUUGUUGUAAAUAUCAAUUACCAUUGUAGAUAAUUUGGAGAACAAAAAUUCUCAGUUGCUUUGUGUGAAUUUGUUUUCUCUACUGUUCAUCACCUUCUGAAUUUCAUUUGUGCCUUUUAUUUAUAAUCAAAAAGGGAAAAGCAUUCCAUUUGUUACUGAAAAUUUGUCUGGGUUCAGUAUGUUUAUAGUUUUUCUUUACUUGUGGUUUUUUCAAGCUUAGCAAUUUUAGGCCAGUAUAAAAGUAAAGCUUUUUGAUAUGUUAAAUGCAACAUUAACACAGGGCUUCGUGAACUGUUUUCAUCAAUGACACCAUUUUGGAAACAAAAAUAAUUUGCAAUUCCAUUGUUAACAAAAAGAAAGAAAGAAAAGUUUCACUACCUUAAAUAUACGAAACAAAAAAAAAAAGUAAGAAAGAUAAUAAGUAAUUAAUGAUAAGCAAAAAGAAAUGUAAUUAUGUUUUUUUAAUUAUUUUUCAUCUCAAAUUGCUAUUGCUAUGUACUUUUCUUUUUGUAUCCAUUUGGAGUCGGUAGUCAUUGAUUUAAGAAGCUCUAUGUUAAUAAUUUUACUAGCAGUAGAAUUUAUGAUAUAUUUUAUUAAUAUUAUCUAUAUUGUAUGGUUUUAAUAUUGAUUAAUAUUAUUCUUUUAAGUUACAUGAAAAAUCGAAUUUAUACACUAAUUUUUUAGUACUUUUAAAAUUUAAUAAAGUUUUUUGUUAUCGAAAUUUUGAUUUCAAAUAAUAAUAACUUGCAUUUACAUUUUUUAAAUAAUAAUUUGGAAUGUUUUGUCCUGAGCCGCUUAACUGUUUUGAAAGUGUAUUGUUACAUUGAUUCAAUUAAUAAUCAAUUGAAUACUUAUAAAACUUAUAGAUUCUACAUAGUUUUCAUUUUAGAUUGUAAUGUCUCAUCAACUUAAUUUUUUUAAGUUUAAAAAUGUUAUAAUCGAUGCAUCCAUGUUACACAGUUGAGUGGCUAAGAUUAUAAAAGGAUCGCAUUCCCUUGCAAAGUUAAUCCUCAGAUAUUCUCUUAGCAGAAAUGUAAAUGGGCAACAGGGGAAAAAAAAUCCUGUUUCUAGUCUCUAUUUUCUGAAAUGGACAUGAACUAACCAUGAAACGGGGCCUUGAAAUGUGAUAUUUACUUGUACUACUUUUGUAACCUAUUUGUAUUAUAAUAAAUGAGUUCUGAAAUGUUUAUAUGUACCCCAUAUGUAAAGAACUUGGCUUCCAAUGAAUAAUUUAUUGUCAAUUUUUAGUUCCUUGUCCCUGAAAUGAUAUUAAAUUAAAUUUAUUAUUUUAUUUAAAUACAUAAGUAAAAUAUUUUCCACUUUUUUAUUUAUUAAAUCAAUUCAAACCUUGCUGUUGCUUAAAAAUUCUUUGGUUUUAUUUUCUUUUAAGCACUAUUUAAAAAAAUUAUAUCUUUCAUUUUUUAAUUACAACUUUUAAUUUUUUUAAAAAUUUAUUAAUUAUAUUUAUUUGAAUUAGUUGAAUGAAAAUGUAGUCAGUUUAUAAUUGCCAUAUGUUUAAAUAUGCUUGUAUUAUUUAAUAUGUAACUGUUCAAUUGUUACUCUUUUAUUUUACUGAUAAAUAUG